CCUGCCCUCUUCAAAGUCUAAAUGCUGAAAUUCACAAGCAAAGCGGCAGAUUCCCUGCUAUUUUCUAAAUGAAGGCAUCUGAGACUCAGCAAUAAUCCUGUCCCCUAUGUUUAUCAGGACAGGAGCCUAUGAGGGAAGCAAAACCCAGCUGUGUUGGAGUUGUCAGUCCCAGAGGGGUGUGUUUUACGGCGCUCCGUCUCCGGCCUGCCCUAGGACUUCAGCUGUGACAAGGACUCUGGAAGGCAGCUGCUCACAGCUCUCUGCUCAGACCUAGCCAUGACGAGGAUGUCUACGUGUGUAUACCACUUGUUUGUCUUGAGCUGGUAUAUCUUCCUCAACUUUUAUAUCUCACAAGAAGGACAGGAUCCACGGAAAUCCCAAAUCUUUCUAAAUGGGGGACAAUGGAAGUACCUAACAUUCCUUAAUCUGCUCUUGCAGGCCAUUUUCUUUGGGGUGGCCUGCCUGGAAGAUGUGCUGAAAAGAACCAAAGGGAAAAAAGACAUUAAGUUCGUAACGGCCUUCAGAGACCUGCUUUUCACCACACUGGCUUUUCCGAUAUCCACAUUUGUAUUUCUGUCAUUCUGGAUUCUCUUUCUCUACGACAGAGAACUCAUUUACCCUAAGGUCCUAGAUACCAUCUUUCCAGUGUGGUUGAAUCAUGCAAUGCACACGUUCAUCCUGCCGUUCUCGCUAGUCGAGGUCGUCCUCAGACCACACUGCUACCCGCUGAGGAAGAGAGGACUCACCCUGCUGGCUGCUGCUUGCCUCACCUAUGUCAGCAGGGUCCUGUGGAUCUACUCUGAGACAGGUACAUGGGUGUAUCCUGUAUUUGCCAAACUCAGCCCAGUGGGUCUAGCAGCCUUCUUCUCUCUCAGCUACAUCUUUACCAUCGGCAUCUACCUAUUUGGAGAGAAGCUGAACCACUGGAAAUGGGGUGACACAAUGCAACCGAGGAAGAAGAGGAAGUGAUCAGACACUGUUUUCGAAGAACUAAGAAGGAAGAAAACAUGAGAAUUUUUUCCCAUCUUUUUUUUUUUUUUUUCCUGGUAGGGGAAGGUGGUAGAGCAACGUAGGAAAGUAGAAAGGAUAGGGAAUGAUAUAUAAAUUUUAAAAGAGGGUAAUGAAGGUAGGCGAUUAAUUUGAGGACUUUUGGCUUUCUGAAAUGUUUACCCCAAAAACAAUUCCUGCUCUCUCAGAAUUUGUUACCUCUGUCUGACCUCUGGGGAGGAUGGUCUGUGGUCUACGUCUUGCCAAAGGCCAAAGAAACCCGUGUAAAUGCGGUGUCAGAGAAUGUUUAGAGAAAUGCAGUGUCAGAGAAUGUUUAAGGAGAAAGGAACUAGGGUCAUCCACACUCUUCACAGAGAAGGAUCCUGAGGACCUGAGGGAGGUUAACCUCAUGCGGCCAAAGCUUUAGUGUCAGAACCAAGACAACCACUUUUAUCUCCCAGACCUACCUGCCAACUCCCAGUCCUGGCCCAUUUCUGAAUAAUCCCAAUUUUCCUCAAAAGAAGCGCUGUCAUAAGCUAUUUUCAUGGAUUUCUCAUCUUUUUUUUUUUUUUUUUCCUGUAAAUGGAAAUGUAGGAAGAUGGCUGCUGCUAGAAAAAUUAACUGGGGCAAUGAGAAAAUAAGUUAUAAAAAUACUGGGAAAUCUGUCCCUUUGUGAGCAAGCAUUUGGGGCAAGUGAACACGGAACACAGGGACGUGGUUAGAAUCUCUUAAAUGGGAAUACUGAAUGAUUCAUCAAAUAAAUGUACAUUUUACUUGGGAAAUAAUCUGGAUGGGAAGUGCCGUGACUGUGGGGACUGCUGAGACUGCUUCGGCACGAAGCACUUUGCCGAGUUGUUACUGUUGCUCAGUUGCUUAGCUGUGUCCGACUCUUUGUGACCCCACGGACUGCAGCACGUCAGGCCUCCCUGUCUUUCACCAUCUCUAGGAGUUUGCUCAGACCCAUGUCCACUGAGUCAGGGAUGCCAUCCGACUCAUCUCGUGGAGGAGUUAGGUUAUGGUUUUAAAAAGCUGAUUGUCAGCUGAUUAACGAACAUGUUCAUAAACCUGCUUUAAUUUUCCUAGAGGAUUUUUCUGGGUCUUUAUUUUCAGACACAUUUUUAUAAAGAACACACAUGAUUAGUGGCAGGUAAAUAUUUUCAAGUCCAUCGAUAACGCCAUCAGACCCACAUGGGUUGGGUGAAUUGUACUUGGGUUUUCCAAUCUAACAUGAUGCAGGAGAAAUACGGUUAAAAUGAACACCAAGGGCGGUCUGAUAGACUUAGGGGAGAGAGCAGAAUGUUCCGAUAGGGCAGGGAGUCCAUGGGAAGACGAGGAGAGGUACCGAGAGGCCCGCCGGAUCUGCACUCCUCUUCAGUUACACAAACACGAGCCUCGAGUCUUUCCUUCUGAAGCCGGGAACGCCAUCUCCCUUCCCACGCCAGCUGCUUCUUGACUGCUGCACAUACCUGGCCUCAGCGGGAGCCCAGAAGCGGCUGUCACCGUGGAAAUUCUCCAAAGGUGAAGCCCACAGGAGACCACCCAAACUUUCCACACCCCCCGAAUGACUGGGGCUGCGUAUUUCUCAGAGUCAUAGUAAGCUCCUGGCUGGGAUGAGCCUGCAGAUUUCUAUUUGUGACUUCACUGUCCCCAGGACCAAAUUAAACUCUGCUAGCUGCAUGACUGGCCACCGUGCAGUAGCUAUUCCAGCCCUAGGAAUACCUCAGAAGCAUUCCCCACUGAGCACAGACGUAAUCACACAGUGCUUCCUUGGUGCUGCUGUAGCUUAAGAAAGGAGAAGCUUCAGAACACCCGUCAUGAACACUGAUUAAAUAUUCAUGAAAAGGGAGAUAGUAUCAGCCGCCUACAUAAAGCUAUGUUGGACCCUUAGUGGUUAGAGAACAAUACAAACGAAAUGAUAACGAUGAGAAAGCUGGCAAUAAUAUUUGUACAGUGUCAUCAAUUCAAAGCCACUCUCACCUCCAAGACCUCAUUUUAUCUUGGUUGGUGUUCAGUCGUUCGGUCGUGUCCGACUGUUGGCGACCAUGGACUGCAGCACACGAGGCCUCCCUGUCCUUCACCAUCUCCCAGAGUUGGCUCAGGCUCAUGGACUGGUCCGUACCUGUGCUUACAUUCUGGAGUUGGUAUCUCACAUGUGACACCAGUUCCGAGUCUGGGGUGAAGACUUACCUUGUUUGCCUAAACAAUACAUUAGCCCCAUCCUCCCUGCGAAUGGGUCAUUCGUUUCUCAAGCUAUUUUUGGCUCCUCUGCACCUACUUGCUUGCAAUACUUGUCAUUACAGGAAGUCAGUUUCAUAUACUGUAAUCCCCAAACACGUGGGGCCGGCAUGUG